AAGUUAUGUACUCCACAGUUGAAGUACUGAUGUAGUGAACGACAAGGAUAUGAAUACUAUUACUCUAUGUUGAGUUUCUUUAUUCUAACACUUCAUUGUAAUAUAAAUGUGAUACAAUAAUAAUAUAAUAAUGAAUGGCAAAAUCAGAUAACUUUAAAAAUGGUAGUAUUAAAUUAUUUUACAUUAUAUCCUUUAAACUUUUGUGAAAAUAUUGUUACCAAGAAUCCAGAAUAAAUAUUAGUUUGCCGAGAUGGCAAAAUUACUGAAGAAAAUAUUAUUCUCUUAUGUAAUCUUUUUUCUUGUUUAUAUUAUAUGUGUUUUUUAAAUAUUGGUCUCAGCAGAAAAUAACAUUCAAAUCAUGCCUCCGUUUCAGAUGACCCAGUCACGUUAAUAGAAAUUAGUACAAGCGAAGUGAAUGAAAUAGAUUCCCAGGACAACCCCAAUAAAUCGUAUAUCCCCAAGAAUGCCAAUGCUGUGAAGUCGCUCAGGUUGGCCGGGUUUAUUUUUCCACUGCGCCAGUCGGAGGACAUUGACCGUUUAGAGAGUAUGGUCAAGAAAGACACCUUCAUACGAAAGCAAUACAUUCUCUACGCGUCGAACAGAAUAAGCGGACAACGAAGCAUCAUAGAGACCAUUCAGAAAAUUUUCUCUAAUGAAUCCUUGCUGAACUAUACCUAUAACGGCGUCAAAAAGCGUGUUACUCGGAAAGCGAUGAAAAACUACGACAUAUUCACGGAUUGUUUGUUAACUGCCUGGGAGGAGGACGAGGUAACAAAAGAGGACCUCAAGAAAGCCUUGAUCAAGGCUACCAAGAAAGCCAAACAAAAUCUGUCCUCGGCGCGGUACUACCAACGGCAUCGCGAUAAAUUGCUGGAGAAACGGAAGGCGGCCUUCAAACACACCAAGGAAAGUUCAGAAUGAGUGCUCCAGAUUGGCAUGUGCUGAUUCAAGACAGUAAACAGUUUUAAAGACAAGAUAAUCAAGAAUAAUCCCAUUGAUUGGAAACGAAAUACACGCGUCGCAAGAAACCCGCUCAAUGCGUUAUCGCAUGCGACGGCGAACCUAAACACGCAAAUCGGCAUCAGUGUCAGCUAGUCAGCAGCAACACCGAGACGUAAGAGAUUAGCCGUCCCGUAGCGCCACGCUGCCACAUGGCCUUGCUUCCGGUGACCGCUGGGCGUAUUGAACAACCAGCGCAGCAUUAGCUACAAACUAGAGCAGAGCUAUCAGUCGUUACACAUCGUUCGCUAAACUAGCGAGCACUAUGAAAAUAUUCUUCCGCAAAAAGUGUGGAUUCCUGGUGAUUUUGGUGUUUGGGCUGCUGUUCAUCUUCUGGAACAACAUUUACCUGUUUCACGAGCCGCAGAUCAAGCGAAAGGUGGACGACCUGAAUCAAACCGCCAGUUUGGCGCUUAUCUACAGUCACUGGAACGAGUUGAAUAGAUAUGCCACUGCCUCCGGUGGCGGCGGCCGUAAUUCCAGUUCCAGCUCGAAUGCAGAAUCAUUGCGAUCGUCAACGGUGUCGCCGCCUCUGGCGAACGGCACCUACCAGCGGCACUACUUCAAUCUGGAGCUGAGCGAUCGAAUUGGCGUCGAUCGUGCGCUGCCCGACACGCGACACGCAAACUGCAAAACCCGCGAAUUCCUUACAUCCCCGGGUCGCACCACAUCUGUGAUAAUAACAUUCUACAACGAAGCCACUUCUACGCUGCUUCGCACCAUCACAAGCGUUCUGAAGCGAACGCCAACCGAUCUCCUGCGGGAAAUCAUCGUCAUCGAUGACUGUAGCACCGCACUCGAAGACGAUCUGGACUUUCUGAAGCGGAUUCCGAUGGUGCGAUUCCAUCGCAACUUUGUGCGGGAAGGUUUGAUCCGUUCCAGAAAUAUCGGAGUGGCGUACGCCAGCGGAGACUUCGUCAUUUUUCUGGACAGUCACUGCGAGGUGAACCGUGGUUGGUUGGAGCCGUUGGUCGAUCGAUUGACGGUGGAUUCAACGGCGGUGCUGAGUCCUAUCAUCGACAUCAUCGAUGCGGAUUCGUUCGAGUACCGGCCAAACUCGGCACGGUUACGAGGAGGAUUCGAUUGGAGUUUGCGUUUCCGUUGGCUUCCUGUAGCUGAGGAGGAACUGGAGCACCGGAAUAAUGAUGAAUCGUUGCCAUUUUUCAGCCCGGCCAUAUCGGGUGGGGUGUUCAUUGUGUCGAAGGCCUUGUUCCAGCAACUGGGAGGGUUCGACGGUGGAUUGGACAUAUGGGGUGGUGAGUCGUUGGAAUUUUCGUUGAAAUCGUGGCUCUGUGGUGCCCACGUGGAAGUGGUUCCUUGCUCUAGGAUAGGGCACGUGUUCCGACGGAAGCAUCCAUAUGGGUUUCCCCAAGGGAGUACCACUACAUAUUUGAGGAAUACGAAGCGUAUUGCCUCAGUUUGGAUGGACGAGUUUCAGAACUUUUUCUAUGAGACACGGCCGGAAGCGGGUGGGAUUUCGGUUGGAUCACUGCAAGACAUGAAAGAUCUGAAGCGGCGGUUGAACUGUCGCAAGUUUAGUUGGUAUUUGCAGAAUGUGUUUCUAGACCUGAAACUACCGAACGAAAAUAAUGCAGCCUUUGGUCUGUUGCGGCACGCUGAGCGGUGUCUGGAUGUGAAACCAAAGUACAAACGCUCUCGGAAGCGAAGUCAUCGUCAGCAGAAAGUGCCGCAGGGCAACGAUGUCGUGCUGGUUGAGUGUAGUAGAGAUGACGCGGAAGGAGCAACCAAAUGGUCGCUGAACAAAAAGACCGGCCAGUUGAGCACGGAUUCGGGUGCGUGUAUGAAUGUGAAAAAUGGAAUGAUACAAUUGGAGCAGUGCGAAGAUGAAAAUGGGAAUCAGGAUGCUCAGCGGUGGGAACGGAGAGGCGGAACGCUGGUACACAGUAAGACUGUUUUGUGUUUGGAGAAUCUGGUAAGUGCCGAUGUAGGUGUGAGUGAGUGCAGGAUGGGAGCCCCUAGUCAGUUGUGGAAUUUUUCAGUUGAGAUUCAGCAUUUAAGAUGAUGACGGUUUAGGUAGAAUAAUAAAUCCAUUCAAAACAAUAAAAAA